AUGCGGCGCUCAAGUCGACCGCCAGCAUCAGCGCUGCUGCCGGCGGUCGCACCGCGCAGCAGCAGCAGCAGCAGCAGCAGCGACGAUCCGCGCCCUCUGAACGUGAUUCCUGAGGCGCCUUUAAAGCCGCCAGCAUCUACGCUACCCGGGGUCACACUGGGCGGGCGCGGUCGUUCUGUGUUCAGAAAAGGGGCGGUGGUGGUGGUGACUGACAGGGGCAGGGGGGUGGAUGAGGAGGAGGAAGAGGAGGGGGAGGGAGAUGAGGAGGGAGAUGAAGAGGGGAGGAAGGAGGAGGAGUUGGGCAAAGUCAGGAAGUAUAUCCCUGAUGAGAUUCCAGAUGAUGAUGGGAGGGAUGAGGGGGAGGAGGAGGGGGAAGAUGAGGAGAUGGAGGGUGUGGGCGGUGGUGGUGGUGGGGGUGGUGGUGGGAUUGGGAGGAGGAGAGGACGGAAGCCGGGGAAACGCGGUGCAGAGAAGAAAAAGCAGUGGGGGAGUAAGCGGUGGGGGGGGAUGGAGGAGGAGUUGGGAGCGGUUGGUGCCGGUGACGGCGACGAGGAGCUGCAGAUAUUCAUUGCACCCACUUUGUGCAGCCCUCUGUCUCUGCUACUGCCUCUGCCUCUCUUCGCGCCUCUCUCCGCCCCUCUCCACCUCUUUCUGCCUCUCUCUACCUCUUUCUGCCUCUCUCUACCUCUUCCUGCCUCUCUCCACCUCUUUCUGCCUCUCUCUACCUCUUUCUGCCUCUCUCUACCUCUUUCUGCCUCUCUCCACCUCUUUCUGCCUCUCUCUACCUCUUUCUGCCUCUCUCCACCUCUUUCUGCCUCUCUCCACCUCUUUCUGCCUCUCUCUACCUCUUUCUGCCUCUCUCCACCUCUUUCUGCCUCUCUCUACCUCUUUCUGCCUCUCUCCACCUCUUUCUGCCUCUCUCUACCUCUUUCUGCCUCUCUCCACUUCUCUCCACCCCAGACCAUCGCCCUGUUACUCUCCAUGACUGGGGAGGAGCGCAGGGCAGCCGGGGAUGAGGCUGGGAGGCGUUUAAGUGGAGCAGCAUGGGGAUCUGGGGAGGGAGGGAGAGGUGGAAGGGGAGGAGGAGCGAAGGUUGGAGGAGGAGAGGGAGGAGGGAGGGGUGGAGGAGGAGGGGGAGGUGGAAGCGGAAGGGGAGAGAAGGGUGGAGGAGGAGAGGGAGGAGGGAGGGGAUGA